AAUCAGACUGUGACUCCCAGAACCGGAAGCUUUAAGGAUCACAUGGCCGCGAAUGGCAGUUCAGUCCAUGGCCAGCCACCCCGUGCUGCCCGGACAUGUCUGUACAUCCACAGUGUGUUUCUUUACACUGCAAGCUCCCUGGAACGGCCAAAUGUUUGAAAACACCACGCACUCAACUCGCCGACAUCUUCAGAGCCAGAGAGAAGCUACCAAGGCAGUUUUGCGAAACCGGCCGCCCCUGCCUUCAUUUUGAUCUUCCUCUGCUGACACACCCUUGUUUCAGGUGCUCUGCCACAGACAUGCAAUUACGAAGAAUUAUUAUUGCUUGAUAAUAACUAUAAUUACUGGAUGGAAAGGAUAGGAGAAAUCGAAUUAUCAUAUGGACUGAUGUGUGAGCUGGGCAGCCUGUGGUUCGUCUGUGGUUCAUCUAAACCCCGCCUCCUGUCCGUCGCCGGUGUUAACUGCCCGCGCGCGCAAGCCGGGCGGGGGAACCUCGCGGCUGGAGGUUUGAGCCGAGCACCCACGGCAGGAGCCGGCUCCAGCGACUCGGGAACCGAGAUGCAAGAUCCUCCUGCGCUCCUAGAGAGAACCCGGAAGCGCAGCGCAGUCCCGGAAGGCGAGGUGCUGACACACUUCCGGCCUUUGUGACUCAUUGUGUCUGUGUCGAGGCGUCGGGAGGGCCUAGGUCCGUGUGCAGCGCCCUUCGGCCGGCCUGAGCCCCAGAGUCAGCUCCCCUUUCUCGCCCAGCGCCCCCAGGCCGCUCCCGGGGCUCACGGAACAGCACCGAAACAUAUCAGCAAACAUCUCCUAAGCCAGGAAGGAGAGCACAGACCCUGUUUGGAUCAAGUCCGCCCCCUGAGCCUGAAUGAUGACUGCAGAGUCCAGGGAAGCCACGGGUCUGUCCCCCCAGGCCGCCCAGGAGAAGGAUGGGAUCGUAAUAGUGAAGGUGGAAGAGGAAGAUGAAGAAGACCACAUGUGGGGGCAGGAUUCCAGCCUGCAGGAGACGCCUCCUCCCGACCCAGAGAUUUUCCGCCAACGGUUCAGACACUUCUGUUACCAGAACACAUUUGGGCCCCGAGAGGCUCUGAGUCGACUGAAGGAACUUUGUCAUCAGUGGCUACGACCCGAGAUCAACACCAAGGAGCAGAUCCUGGAGCUGCUGGUGCUGGAGCAGUUCCUUUCCAUCCUGCCCAAGGAGCUCCAAGUCUGGCUGCAGGAAUACCGUCCCGAUAGUGGGGAGGAGGCCGUGACCCUUCUGGAAGAUCUGGAGCUUGAUUUAUCAGGACAGCAGGUUCCAGGUCAAGUUCAUGGACCUGAGAUGCUCGCAAGGGGAAUGGUGCCUCUGGAUCCAGUGCAGGAGUCCUCGAGCUUUGACGUUCAUCAUGAGGCCGCCCAGUCCCAUUUCAAGCAUUCAUCUCGGAAACCUCGCCUCUUACAGUCACACGCUCUCCCUGCCACCCACGUUCCUGCCCCUCCUCACGAGGGGGGUCCCAGAGACCAGGCGAUGGCAUCUGCACUAUUCACAGCAGAUUCCCAGGCAAUGGUGAAGAUCGAGGACAUGGCCGUGUCCCUCAUCCUGGAGGAAUGGGGAUGUCAGAACCUGGCUCGGAGGAAUCUCAAUAGGGACAACAGGCAGGAGAAUUAUGGGAACGUGUUUUCCCAGGGUUGUGAAAACAGGAAUGAAAAUGAGGAGUCAACCUCAAAGGCUGAAAUUGCAGAAGACUCAGCAUCACGUGGGGAGACAACAGGAAGAUUCCAGAAAGAUUUUGGAGAAAAACGUGAACAGCAGGGCAGAACAGGAGAAAGGCAGCAGAGAAACCAUGAGGAAAAAACUGGAAGAGAAAAAAGAGAUCCGGGGCCAGCUACAGUCAAGGAAAAAAAAACCACCGCGGGAGAGAGAGGUCCAAGGGAGAAGGGUAAAGGUUUGGGAAGAAGCUUCAGUCUGAGUUCAAACUUUAACGCCCCUGAGGAAGCGCCGACGGGAGCAAAGUCUCACAGAUGUGAUGAAUGUGGUAAAUGCUUCACGAGGAGUUCAAGCCUUAUUCGCCAUAAAAUAAUCCACACUGGAGAAAAGCCCUAUGAAUGUAGUGAGUGUGGGAAAGCCUUCAGUCUUAACUCAAACCUGGUCCUGCAUCAGAGAAUUCACACAGGAGAGAAACCUCAUGAAUGUAACGAGUGUGGCAAGGCCUUCAGUCACAGUUCGAAUCUCAUUCUCCAUCAGCGAAUCCACUCUGGAGAGAAACCCUAUGAAUGUAACGAGUGUGGGAAGGCCUUCAGCCAGAGCUCAGACCUUACUAAACAUCAGAGGAUCCACACGGGGGAGAAACCCUAUGAAUGUAGUGAAUGCGGAAAAGCUUUCAACCGAAACUCAUACCUUAUUUUGCAUCGGAGAAUUCACACCCGAGAAAAGCCCUAUAAGUGCACUAAGUGUGGCAAGGCCUUCACCCGGAGCUCGACCCUCACUCUGCAUCACAGGAUCCACACCAGAGAGCGAGCUUCCGAGUACAGCCCCGCCUCCCUCGAUGCGUUCGGCGCAUUCCUGAAAAGCUGUGUGUAAAGCGAGGAUUCGUCAACAAGCCAUUUCCCCCUUUUGUUUCCAAAAUUACUUCAGAGAUGUGUGCCCAUGGAGGGGAAAAAAGAGGGCCUCAACAGAUUAAAAGGAAAAAAAUCACACUUCAGGAUCCUUGUAGUUCCAUCAGCAGUGUUCCGCCUUUGUGUCGUCUGUGGGCACGUAAUCCUUCACACGGCCCCUGCAGGGAAAAGCUAGUCCUAUGGAGAAUCCACACGAUAUUUCCAUGCAAGAUAAAAGCACACAUAUAGUCAAAUGUCAAGCUUUCAGUAAUGAGGAUAUCUUCAAGGUGCGCUCGGACUCAGCAACCACCAUGUAGAAUUGAAAGAUUAAGAUUGGCUCUGUGAAAGCGAUACCGGGGUUUUAAAGCUGCUUGCUGCAAACAAGCGCUACUUGGCCAACCUUAUUUUUCAAAAAUGAGGAACCGUUAAAACAAACUGCAUUGGGACAUGCUGCUCAAACUAGUUAUAUAUACAAUAAGUUAUAUAUAUGAUUACUGGUAGCCUGCCAAAGUUAUAGAAAUCUAGGACUGUGCUGAUCGGUAUCAAACCAAAGAUUUCUAGCUCUUCCUGAAAGAGGGUAUGUGCACCAGUCUACAGUUCCAAAGGAUCGCAACAAAUGUAGAUGGUUCUAUCCUCAUCGCUGAGAUAAAUUCUACUGAAAUAGCAACAAUGAUUCCAGACCCUUCUCUCCCUUAGCACUAUCGCACUCCGAAAUGCAUUUCUCCACAAGUUAGCACUUGAUUGAUUGUAGACUGUCUUUUAAUCCUCCGUCGUUUCGUUGUAUGAAAGUUUUCAUCACGCCCACUCCCCAAAGAGCUGCUUCGAUCAUCAGGGGAUCUCUCGGUAUCCCUGACAGCACUGGACACAGUGCUGAACACGAAAGAGGCACUCGGUAUACCUAACUUGAACCAGGACUUCUGUGCUUACGGUAAAGUCCUGUGCGGAUCAUGAGCACCCGAAGUAGGGUAGCCUGGCCCAGCUUUUGAAGAGGACCUUCAGAGCCCGAGCAUGCUACAGCUCCAGGGUCUGACGCUCGUUUUAUCCUGAAUAUAAAAGAAAGCCGCUGGCUAGCUGCCUGCAUAGACUCUUCUAAACACAGAUCUAUGAGUAAAUACCACGGAAUGUCAGAAACGACUCUCUCGUCAUCACCUUAAGAAAAAUAGGAACUUUGACUAAGGCCGUGUCUUGACCUCUUUCUGUGGUGAAAGAUCUUAGCCAGAAUUCUCUUAAGUCAGCUGGCGAAGAACAUGAUCAUUUAGGCACUUUCUGAAUCAUUUGUAACUAAAUGAUACAGUGCAGAAGAUGUGAUUUUUUGUUGCUUUUCAGAACAAGGAGAGGUGUAGAGUGGAUUUUUCCCCCACACUUUGCAGAAGCUUUGCAAGGCAUUUGAUACCAUUAGCUGGCAAUUACCCAACGUGUUUGUUGCUCUGGGAAGUUCAUCAACAAGCUGAGGUGCGGUUGGUUGUAUCACAGUCGAACUGCACAGGGUCUUUCCUGUUUCUCGUCCCUGAAGAUUGAGGGGAGGCUAUGAAACUGAUCUUUUCCAUCGUCUGUGCAGGGGGAAGCACUCGGCUGCCUAGAAGCUAAUGACAGACGGUUCUCGGAUACACACAUGGGAGACCCAGGUAUCACGGACAACACAGGCAGUCCCCGGGGACUUGGGUAGAGAGGUCUCUGCUCAGGAGAGUGUGCAAAUGAUGGCGGACAGCCCUGCAGGAACUUAGAAACAGACCAAGAGCAGACCUGAAGACUCUCCCCUACCAGGAGAACCCCACAUAGCAUUCGAGUUUUUCCCUCAAGAGGCAACUAAAACUGUCAUCCUUCCCCAGUUGUCCGCUGACCGACAACUCGAGCCCACCAGACGGCAUGGCGUCCUGGGGAGCCAGAGAGGUGGGGGCAACCGUGGCCUCCGCUCCAACCAAACUACAGUUCUGCGCAGCAGUGGUUCUUUGGCCCGUCUUUACAACUGGGACCAACCACGACUGUCCUGGAGCUUCUAAGCAGUUCCAUCAGUGUUGCCUGCGGAGACUUCAGGGAAGCCCGCUGGUGACCAGGAGAAUUCCAUCCAUCCGGUUUCAGAGAGACAGAGGAGAUGCUCCAGAACAGUAAACCUAACUGGCUUUUUAUAGUAAAUGAAGGUGGAAGAAGUGCUUUCACGGUUUUCUUCCAAAAGUGAGCCACGGCGGAAGCUUCACACAAAACCGCUCGUGCUCGGCGGCAGAGACUUGCCCCUGGGAAGCCCUGAGAGCACAGAGGUGCUUCCGCUUGGGCACCCGCCAGAGCGCCAACUGUUCUGGAGAGGUAGCAAACUUCAGUUGGUUCCACAUGGCCUUUCUUUAGCCACGGCUACGAGCUGACAUCAUGCAGCCAUCGUUUGUGUUUUGCAAAUUCAGUCAGACACACUCCUUCAAGCAGCCAUUUGAAAAUGUGUUUUUUGAAGAAGCCAGGCUCCGGCUGUUGAUUAAAACCAUUCACAUCGCGUCCAUUUAUCUGCUGCCCAGUGCGAAGUGUAACUGGGUCACGGUCCAAAAGGCUUACACAGCUCAUUAGCGUCGGGACAUUCGGAAGUUCUUGACCGGCUGAAGUCUGUUAACAGCUGCAGUACUCCGUAGUUAACCAUUAGCAUGCUAGUUGACCUAAUGGAAGUUUUUGAAGGGUUUUUAAGAAUAUACCUUAAAUAAACCUACCAGGAAGAGAAGUGAAAUUCUUCAGAUCGUGGGGAAUUUGUUCUGUUCCCGGCAGGCAAAGCUACAGCCUGAGAAUAUAGCUCUGUGAGGCAUCUUUAUAGGUGAGACACUUAGUAUUUUAUUAAAGGCAUAAAAGUGAGACUGUGCUAAAUUUUUGUACAGAGAAUUUGCCGUGUUUGACGUGCGUGACAGUUGACAUCUCACAUACAUCAGAGAAUUCAUUCCAGAGAAGAACUUCAUGAAUGCGAUACGUAUGGCAAAGCCUUCCGUCCCAUCUCAGCCCUUAGCAUCAGAAAGCUUACACUGUAAAUAAACUUUAUUAAUAUUGUAUGUGAGGAAAACUUUCAUGUGUACCACUCAUUGCUUUGGACAGAAAACGAAUUCCAUCAGUAUGUUCCAAUCAUGUAAUGAAUUUAAGAAACACUGCAGAGGAAGCUCGAUCUUAACUCCAGAGGAUCCGCAGAAGAAAAAAAAAAUGUGGGGAAAUGCUAAACAGAAGGCAAAAUUGUUCAUGCUGGGGACUUCUAUAUAUUUUGUAUGACCACAGUGUCAGUGUCCGUGUUUUGUACCUCUGACCCCGGUGGUUAUUCUGUAUAUUCCCUGUAAGCAGAUAAUGUAUUUUAUUUUAAUCUAUUUGACAGAACACAUUACUCCAAAAGGGCAAAGUUUUGGAGUAGUGAAGGAGGUGAUGUGGGUAUAGACAAAAAGUCAGUUUACAGACCUGAGGAGGGGGAAAAUGGGAGAAAACCUUCAUAGUUUGGUGCUUAACCAAAUCAGGAGAGGAAAUUGGGAGAUUCCUUAGGGGAGACAGGUUAAUAGGGCUCUAAGUUCCUAGAAACGUCUGCAGCUUCCUGAGCAUUUUCUCUUCAAAGCCAGGAAGUGGACCCCUUAGCUGCCUGCUCACCAUUCCAGGCAAAGAAAAUGGGUUCUAGGAGCUUGGGCGGGGGUGGGGGGGUGGGGGGCUUCUCUAUGAAUUGAGAGUGCGGAGUGCCCUGGCAAGGCCAGUGGGACCACUUAACCUGACCAGAUUGUGGAAACCAUAGUCCUGCUUCCCCCCCUAACUAAUCUUAGUGCUUAGGAGAUUUGGGGUAGCAAAGCACCAAGAUGGGCUCUUUCCUGGAAAAUAGGCACGGAUGCAUCCAGUUCCUGGCAUGGCAGGAAGUUUUUCUGACAAGGGUGGAGAAGCAUUUUGUAGUAUUCCCUUUGGCUGUGCUCCUGUGUACCUUCCCUGCCCCCCACUCCCUUCCCCGAUUGUUCCUUCCCCGAGACUAUUGAAAGGCUUCUGAAGAUUCAUAGCUGUGAAAGAAUUUUUUCCUCCUUUUUAUCCUGGAGUUGAUCACCUUUUAUUCCAGGGUCUGGUCACCCUGAAGUCCUCAUGGGAAGCUAGCUAACCAGGUUCACCCUACCAUCCUCGUGGAAGAUUCGUUAUGCGAAUUGGAGUAACAGUAUUAAAACAUAGUCAAACGGUGACACCAAUACUAGGCCAGAGGAGCCAUAUUUUUGUGUGUCCCACUCUGAGCAACUUCUCCGAAAUAUUUAUGAGGGGGCUGGGUUCCCCAUCUGGGAAACCAAAUGAAGGUCUGCAGGUUGCGAAGUGAAACGUAGAAUCAGAGAAGAGGAAAUUAAGUGGUAUAAAUAGAUCGUUUCGUAGAUGUUAGAGUAGAUUUUUAUUUCAACUACUACUGGAGAAUUCAAUAAAAAGCAUUAUUUGAAAAGUUUUCCUAACAUAGGUUUAGGUUUUGUUUUUAGAAUGGACACACUACUGUACAUUUAAAAGCAGUUACUUAUUUUGCUACUCAAAUUUUUUAUUCUAAUUGAAGAUGAAAUUAUCUGUUUUACUUUUCAAAGCUUUGUAAAACAAACUUGAAGUUAUAGGGAGGCUAAGCCAUCUCCAAUUCGACAGGUCACACAAAAGUUGGAGAAAUACUUUGGACAUCUCAUUCGACAGAAUGUCUUAACAUGAGAACUGAGUUUCGUAUUGUCUGGUUCUUUUUAGCAGCGGAUACCGCAAACCUCGUGUUUUUCUCUUUAUCUUGCAACAGUGGGAGGUAAGGAGAGGCAUUAGGUUGACUUCUGAACAAUAUUAUUUUAACAGCUUUUUUUUUUCUUGUUUAAGUCUUUUAAGAUUUCUCCCCUCCAUUUACGUAAAGGAUCGUGGCUCACUUAAGAGUUACACAGGAGUCAGCAAAGCGAAUCGGUCUUCAAGUUAAACUUUCUCCCUUCCGCAAGCACUCAUUAAGCAGUGAGGCUAAGUGUUUUAGGAGACGAAGAAAGAAAAUGAGACCUGUGAGUGAUUGAAAGGUGGCAUUAAAACUCGGAUGUCAUUCCAGUUUCAGAUUUGGGUUUUAAGUUCCUUGGGUCCAGGGAAGGGAUGAGGCAGCUGCAGUCGCCCCGACUCAGGUGUGUUGCUCGCUUGCCUUCCCCCUCACCUCAGCCUCUGAACAGUUUAGGUAAGGUUUCUUUCCGCCCUAGCAAGGACAAAGCAUGUUAGGCUUAGAGCUGCUUCUGCUCGUAGCAGGGCUUCUUCCGUGAGAACAAAUAGAUGGGGGGAGGGGGGCAGCGGACAGUGAUUGUGCAAGAAAAUCUUGGUCUAAAAAUAAUACGAGUUUAAGGGUAAGGGGGGGGUGUUGCAAGCAAAAUCAGCAAUUAUUUUAAAAUGAACAUAUGUAUUUUUAUUAACUUGUAGUUAAAUAUAGAUUAUUACAACCAGGUCAACACGAUAAGCCUAAAUCUAUAUAGGGAGCUAACUCAGGCAUUGUCUUGUUUAUCUGUAGACUGGAGAAGACAAACCUUUCCUGUUUUGUCAGUCCCUAGUUUCUUAGUUUAGAAUAAAUUAGACCAAAAGAAGAAACUUGUCUUUGUAUACCCGCAGAAUUAAGUUAUUGCUGUUGAAACCUGGCCUUUCAUUUCGCUAGUCUUAGAAGAGUCCAGAUGCUUGGUAGAUGUUCAGUAAGUGAUUUUUAAAUUGAAUUUGUUCAUUUAAAAUCCUCAUUAACCUUUCUAGGAAGGCUUCUUUGAAUAAAUAAUGGAAUCUUAGAGGGCAAGUGGUUGGUUUUUUAAGAAGCUAAGGAACUCCUUUAUUGGAAAUAAUUUGAAAACUUGAUGGAGGACUAAAGUUUCCAUCAUGAGAAAUGGCAGCAAAGUACCAUUUACAUGCAUUUAUAGUCAGUGGUCCAUUUUAGGAGGCCGGUGGUGUCUGACAAAUGUUAGAGCAGAUGGGGAAGGAAAUUGUGGGGAAUUGUAAUAAAUCUCUAUGUCGUUUCUCUUCUGGGUCAUGGUAAAACAAUAAAUUAUCACCUCUAGGUGGCAA